AUGACCCAUCACGGAAAUGAGAACCUGUCGGUGGUGCCCUUGAGGGAGUUUGUGCUAGAUGGGUUCAGGGGAGGUACGGAGACCCAGGCCCUGCUGUUUGCUGUCUUCCUGGCCUUGUAUACAGUGACCAUUGUGGGCAACCUCACCAUGAUCAUUGUCAUCACCCUGGAUGCCCGCCUGCACUCCCCCAUGUACUUCUUCCUCAAGAACCUGUCCUUUCUGGACCUCUGCUACUCAUCUGUCAUUGCCCCCAAAGCCCUGGCCAACUUCUUCUCCUCAUCCAAGCUCAUCAGCUUUGCAGGCUGUGCCACCCAGCUCUGGUUUUUCUCCAUGUUUGGUACCACCGAGACUUUCCUGUUAGCCGUGAUGGCCUAUGACCGCUUCAUGGCCAUCUGCAGUCCCUUGCGUUACCCUGUGACAAUGUCCUCCAUGAUGUGUGCCUGCCUUGUUCUGGGCUCCUACUGUGGAGGCUUCCUCAACUCCACUGUGCAGACCAGCCUCACGUUCCGGCUCCCCUUCUGCAGCUCCAACCGCAUCAACCAUUUCUUCUGUGAUGUGUCCCCCCUGCUGCAGCUCACCUGUGCUGAUACAUCAGUCAAUGACCUUCUGUUGUUUAGCCUCUGUGGCUUCAUCAUUGUCAGCACUACAGUAGCAGUCCUGCUGUCCUAUGGUUAUAUCACAGUGACCAUCCUCAGGAUGCGUUCAGGAUCCAGAAGACAAAAGGUCUUCUCCACCUGUGGCUCCCACCUCACAGCCGUGUCCCUGUUUUAUGGAACUCUGUUUGCCGUGUACGCACAGCCAGGGGCUGUGGAAUCCAUGGAGCAGGGCAAGGUGGUCUCCAUCUUCUACACCCAGGUCAUCCCAAUGCUCAACCCCCUCAUCUACAGCCUGCGGAAUCAGGACGUGAAGGAUGCCCUGCGGAGGCUGAGACAGAGAUGGGUGGCCCCGUGA